GAAUUUUCAUAUCUCACAUUGUUCUUAAAAAAUUUGCAAGUAUCGCCAUCAAUUGAAGUCGAAAGUGGUGUUAAAAUUAUCGAUGGAACUGGUAAAUUACUGAUGCCAGCUGGUAUUGAUGUACACACACAGUUUAAUGCAUCUGAUUCGGUUGAUGAUUUUUCAGUUGGAUCAAAAGCUGCAUUAGCUGGUGGAACGGCAACCAUAAUCGAUGUGAUAAUACCAACAACAAACGAAUCACUUCUUGCUGCAUUUGAUCGUUAUUAUAAAUUGGCUGAAUCAAUAUCGCUAUGUAAUUUCGCCUGUUACAUUAUAAUUUAUAUCUUUUUCAGUUCGUAUCUGUGUACUUGUGUAUCUGAUCAUCAUGCAACUAGUAAUAGAUCAAGUGGUAACUACAAAAUGUCUAGUAAGCCGGCAGUUGAAGAACGGAUGAGCGUUUUAUGGGAGAAGACAGUCCAUGUCGGGAAAAUGGAUCCGAUGCGAUUCGUUGCUGUGACUAGUAGCAAUGCUGCCAAAAUAUUUAAUCUCUAUCCUAGAAAGGGACGAAUUGCUGUAGGUGCUGAUGCUGAUAUUGUACUCUGGGAUCCAGCUAGAAUGCGUAAAUUCAACUGUCAAGGUCAACAAUCUAAAAGUCCCACUUGUUUCUUCGAUUCAUUCACGGCAUCAGCUUCUCCUGUGUUAACAAUAUGUGGUGGGCGAUUAGCUUACCAUGAAAAUAAGGUUUCUUUUUCUCCGUAUUCGCUAGAAAAAUUAAAACGAGCACGAAAAAUUUUUUUGAUCAAUAGUGGUUUCUUAUUAAUAGGAAUUUUUUUUUGGCUUCAAUUUUUUUUCUUAAAAAAAAUUAUCGAAAAUCGUCAGUAG